AUGUCUUUGACUCCUUCGCCGAGCUCCCAAGAGCGUCUAGAGACGUUACAGGACACUUUGGACGAUUGUAGUGGGCGUGAGAUCUUUUAUGAAUCAAUAGACACGUCGUUUUCCGCGUCACAGGUCGUUUGUACUGCCGUAUCGUCGACUACAGCAGCUCCGGAGCAGUUCCUUCCACCCAUGUCAUUCCUUCGUCGUGUCACGUCAGCUACAGCUCUUAAUAACCGGAGUCAGAAUGAAGAGCGAGAUAAACGGAAAGAGAUUGAGCGUAAGGAAUUGCUGGAGAUGAUCCUUGAGUCCAUUGCAAACGUUCCAAAAGCCGUGGAAAAGAUUCAUACAAAUGAAAAGCUACGACAGGCGUUACAUGAAGAAAUGGGCAAUGGAAACAUCUUAUUGCAUCGAUUUUUUGAUUCUAGAGAGCUCGUGGCACUGCAGAAUGGAGCGAGGCUGGAUGAGAAACGAUUGGAGGAUACGUUACAGUGUCAGGAGCUUCGUAAACAGGCUGUUGGAGAAAAUGAGGAAGACCGAAAGGAGAACCACUUAUCUGAUCAUUCACUGGUGGUACAUGAUAGCUAUGACGGUGUUCAGGUAGAUGACAAGGACUUGAAUUGUGAGGAUAGCGAAGACAGCAGCAACAGUGACUUUGGCGCCGAGUAUGAGAAUGACCUGGUGGAAUCGGUAAACCAGUUGUGUAUGACGAAUCAGACACUCACGACAAUGAACGACAUGAUCUCAGAGCCAAUUGGAAUUGCAUGCACAAAUGGCUUGUCUGCAAGGACAUCAACUUCACCACAGUCAUCGUUUGGAAUGGGAGCCUCUCCUGGAACUACGUCAAUGGACGGGGAACCAGUGUCAGCACUGUGGCCUCGACAGCCGGAUCAGUUUGCAUUUACGCAAGAGGAAGACAACAACAUUCGCGCAGAAGACGAGGUGUACAGUGAAAUGGUGAGCUCCAUUUGCGAGGACGACACGUUCCAGGACGAUGUGAAUGGCGACGAAGAGGACGUUGAAGGAGAAGAUCUGGAUGAUGAGAGCGAGGAAAAGGUAUUUCAAAUGGAUGACGAGGACGACGUUGGUGAUGAUAGUAAUGGUAGAGAAAAAGAGCUUGACAACGGCAUAGUGCACUGUAGCCACGAGGAAUCGCUGGUGGGUGCGUUCGUUGUAGGCUCUCCAAUUCAAGGUCAGGUGACGACGUUCCAAAAUGAUCUCGAUGGUAAGACGAAACAGAAGGCAGACACCGUCCAAACCAUUGAUAUCAAAGAUGGCGACGAUGUAUGCGACGAUGCUGCAGGAAGUGAAAGCUCAGAGAGUGACGAUGGCGAGCCGAAAGAAUAUGAAGUGUUCAAACUCCGCAUCAUUCGUGAAAAAAAUCGCACUGGGUUUGAGCCUAAUCAGGAUUGGCGCCCUCGUGCUGGGACCGUCAUUGGCAAUCGAUACAAGGUGGAAAUGGCAAUAGGAGAAGCAGUGUUCAGCCGAACGUACAAGUGUAUCGACGCAACGACUGAUGAGGUGGUAUGCCUGAAGAUCAUCAAGAACAACAAGGAAUACUUUGACCAGGGCGUUGACGAGAUUCGCGUUCUGGAGUAUAUCGAUCACAACUGUAAAGUUGAUGAAAGGCACCUGAUCCGACUUUUGGACGCGUUCUAUUUUCGCGAGCACCUGAUAAUUGUGACUGAGCUUCUUCGAGACAAUCUAUAUGAAUUUUCACGCUUGCUUUUACAACGCGGUGUGAUCAACUACUUCAGCAUUCCUCGCCUGAAAAAAAUAGCGAUUGAGGUGUUGGAGGCACUGGACACAUUACAUUCGAUGGGAAUUGUGCAUUGCGACCUCAAGCCAGAGAACAUCCUGAUUCAAAAUUUUAGCGCGUGCACUAUUAAAGUGAUUGAUUUUGGAUCGGCCUGUUUUACUACGGAUGAGCUCACAUCCUACGUCCAGUCACGUUCUUAUCGUGCUCCGGAGGUAAUUCUCGGACUCCUGUACGACACCAAGAUUGAUUUAUGGUCUCUCGGGUGUGUGAUUGCCGAGAUGUACACGGGUGAAGUGCUGUUUCGCAACGACUCGGAACAAACUCUGUUGGCUCGGAUCCUGGCAACAAUUGGUCCAAUUCCUGCAUCUCUUCUAGCUGAUCGCGACGAAUUGCAACACCAAUUGAUUGAGACUGGAUUGUUCGCACUAGAUCAUUUGGGCAAUGGUAUGUUGACUGCAACUCUUCACUUACCAUCACUUGAACAAGCCGUACAGACAAAAGAUGCCGAGUUUCUGGAUUUCUUGCGUGCAUUGCUACACAUUGAUCCAAUACAUCGUUUAUCGGCACAGGAGGCAUUGACACAUCCAUGGCUUCAACAUGGAAAUGGCUUGUGCUACAUUAGUCAAGAGAUGCAGUAUCAAGUGGAAGAGUUGUGUCUAGAAGAAGAAAAUGAUGAUGAUGAUGAUGUAGAGAAGACGAUGAAGAGACGAUGCAGUCGUAGCAACAAUGUCGCGUCCUUGUCUGGCCGUGAAGCAGACGAUGGAGAGGAGAAUGAGAAGCUGAUGAGAGCUACCACAAGUGAUGGAAUCGAGUUUUAUACUAGUCAUAAGUGGGCAGAGUACUAUCCAAAUCAAGAAGUAGCAGUAGUCACGAACAUUGGCCGACAGCCACCGAUCCCACCGAAAGGCUACAUUCCAUUGCGCUAUGGACAUCGUCGUGAUCUGCAACAUCCAAAGACUAGCAUGUUGUGUGAAGAUGAUGAUAUGGCAAAAGGUUUCUCGGUGGAUACAUUGCUGUGGAGUGACAAGUUUAUGACACUAAGAGCUGCUGAAGACACAUAUUUAGAUCAAAGGCACAUGUGA